UCUUUGUCAUUCCGAAUAAAAAUAAUACUCGAUAUGUUUCAUAACAAAAAGUACAAGAACAUUUUAUCAGAUAUUUAUUCCGUGUCAAUCAGUGUACACUUUCCCACUCUGAGAAAUAAUGUCAAAUUUCAUGAGACAUCUGUAAGCAAUAUAGCACUAUUUGCAUUCACAAAAACAAAUUUUUUCCAAAAAUGUAGUGCACCGCAACGCCCGAAAAUUUGUUACACUCCUGCUUCAAGAAUCCAUUUCGGCAAGUUCACUUCAUCACUUAAAUAAAGUCAGGAGGCGGAAAUGGAGCGUGAGGAGGAAACUAGAACUUCCACCCCGUCCAAAAUGCGAAGGAAAUUGAGUGGACACUGGGGAGGAAACGACAGCAUAGAGAAAGUGUAUGGACGAUCGUUAAGAAAGAGAAAAGACAAAAUCCUCGAGUACAUACUUGACGGGUAUAAACCAGGAAGUGAUAAAGUAUUCAACGAUAGGGGCCAACAGACGGAAAUCAGUCUCAUGGAAGAUACGACCACGAUAUAUAGGAAGGAUAGCCCGCCUACGUCUCCUGAUGAUAACAGCGAGAAACCCAUUAGCAAAGGACCGUCGAAAAAUUCAAAAAAAGUUUUAAGCGAAAUACAUCUUAAUUAUGAAAAAAAAAGGUUGAAUUGUAACGUUUUUUAUUUACUUAAAAAACGUCGUUUGCAAAUCCCGCUUAAAAGUAUAAAACGGCAGUCAGUGCGCAUCGUGAUCGCCCCGCCUUUUAUGGAACUGUAUUUAGGGCAAGAUCAGAUUUUUCCGUUCGAUUUAAAAAACGUACUCGCCCAAAAGCAAAAAUGCCCUUUUGAAGAAAUAAGGACGGAAGGGAUUCAAAGAAUGCCUGAUGUGAUCACUUUACGACCGGAACACGAAUCGAGAUAUGCCGAAUUCCGUCACGAUCUUCCACGGACAGGUGUCACGGUCCUCGAAACGGCAGAUGACGAAGACAUUGUAUUCCACGACAGAUACGAUUACUUACCAAUCGGAAUUCAAAAUAAGCGAACUAAGACGGCGUUUAAUUUUAAGAAACUGACUUAUGUCGAGCCUACGUACAUGAAGUGCCUCCAAAAGAAUUUAACAAAUAUAAAUCACCCAGAACGUUUUAUAAACGAGUCGGACAUUUUGGAAAAUACGAAAUAUUUCACUUAUAACAAACCUUCACUAGGCAAACACAUAAAAUCUUUUAUUUCUGGGCUGCAGCCCUCAGAAAUUACGAGAAUUAAAUCUGGAACUUCAUUGGUGGAUGAUGUACAACCCAGGGAAACUUUUAACGUACCUUCCAGCGAAAAUAUUGAGACCAUGCUUUCGUCUAGCAAACCUAGCGUUAUUAGCUGCAUAAGAACUUAUGAUUCUUGUGCUUCUCCGAGUACUGCCAGUCGUAAUGUUUCACAUGAUAAACUUUUGGAAUCGGAUGUUAUUGGAGUUCCUUUACAGUCAAACAUUUUAACUGGGACCGAACCGGGGGCGAAGAGAAGCCGAAGGUUACAAGCAGAAGGUGCUAGUAGUACCGAUAAUCAGGAAUCUCAUAAAAAACACAAAUAUUUGAAAAGCAGCUUGAAAAGGAGGCUAACCGAAGGUUUUGUAGAUUAUACGUCCGAAGUUUCAAUAACAAAAGGUCUUUUACAAAGUAAAAAACGAUUGAUGGACAACUUAUGGCCUAAGAAAGCUGAAAUUAACAGCAGUAUAAAAACUGUUGAUCUCAGCAAAACCCGCGCAACUCGUGAAUCACGUGAAACUAUAAAAGAUCGUAUAUUGCUUAAUAAGCCCGGCUGCGAGUCUGCUACUACCCUGAUUUCUUUUGCCAGCGAUAUUGAUAAGAGCAAAUGGCACGACGCGAAUGACAGAAAAUUAUCAAAAGAACAAAAAUUAUCACGCAGUAAGUCAAUUUUGAAACGAGGGAAGAAAUCAUCUUUACGUCUUGAAGAGUUUGAUCGGAUUCAUAAGGAACGCUUUUAUCCCGAGGAGAGUAACCCAAAAAAUGUCAAAAAUAAAGAAAAAGAACAUAUAUUCGCGAAUCUGAGUCUUGAAGAUAAAUUUAAGCAGGGUGUGAAGAGUAACGAACCACCGACACAAUCGAACGUGAGCUCUGCCGACGCGACUAGACAACAGUCAGCAACGCACGAAGGUAAGAAUAUGUUGGAAUUGAUGUUCGGAGGGUCACUAUUUCGGCACGGAAAAGACGAGAGUCCUGACAAGCGAAUGUCAGAAGCUUCUACCAGUAAACCAAAAUCUUGGGAUAAAGGCAAUGAAGCUCUAUCCUCAAAAACCGACGAUAAAAAUUCAUCAUUAAAACAAGAAGAGUCUUCUUAUAGAGAAAACAGCGGAAAAUCCGUCGUUUUUGAUAUUACAAGUAAACCUAACCCGAAAAAAUCCGAAUUCAAAAAGACUAAAAGUUCUAUGAAAUCUGUGCUCUCAAGCCAAUACGAUGGGCUCUUGAGCAGUGACAAUUAUACCACCGAUGGACAAUCUGGAUCGCAAAGUUGUAGCAACAAUGGUCCCGAGUACAAAGUGCUUUUUCCAUUGUUCCAAGCAGUUUCAUCAACGAUUUCUAGUCAUGAAAAUAACGCUAUAUCUUCUGGAGCACAACGGGAUUAUGGCCCUGAUGUUGUAGAUAAAAAUGUACCUGUUCAGAAAUCAGAUCAGAUGUCGUCUAACUUGGAUGAAAAUAGUGAAAACAAGACAUUUACAUUACCGCGCGAGUCUAUUUCACCAAAACGAAAUCGUACAUUAAAUGAAUUACGGAGGCAAAACGAAUAGAUAAUCAUAUCAAAUCAACCAAUAUCAAAUUGGUUGGCAAGAUGAUAUUUCCGACUAUGGGUAAUGGCACUGCAUUGACCUCCGACGUGCAGUCAGUUGUACCGAGAUUAAUUCAACCCUACCUUUUGUUAAUAAAUCUAAUUUGUUAAUCAA